AUGGCCCUGUACGAAGGUAUCAAGUCUCUGCUGCCGCCGAGCGUUGUGCGCUACACGGCACCGAUGCAUUUUUGGCAGCCGGGCGUGACGCCGCUCUCGACGGUCAUGUCGGUGGUGGCCAUGUCGGUGGGGUACAUCACGAUCGUGCUGGGUGGUCAAGCUGUGAUGCGGCACCUGCCGGCGGUGCCGGCGCGCGUGCUCAAGAUCCCCUUCUUCCUGCACAACGUCCUUCUGUGUCUCGGAAGCCUGCUGCUCUUGUGCCUGUACCUCGAACUCGAGAUUCCGAUUAUUUUCAAGUAUGGCAUGCACAACUCGAUCUGUGAGUACCGAUUGUACUUUGAUGCGGAAAUGUUCCACAUCAUCAACUACUACUUCAAGUACUGGGAGUUUGCCGACACGCUCUUUCUCGUGCUCAAGAAGAAGAAGCUGCUCUUCUUGCACGUGUAUCACCACAUGGCUACCGCCGCCUUGUGCUACUCCCAGAUCGUGAACCAGACCACCCUGUCGUGGGUCAUCAUCUGCCUGAAUCUCGCCGUGCACGUCAUCAUGUACGGCUACUAUGCGCUCGCCAGCAUUGGCGUCCGGUGCCCAUGGAAGCAGCUCGUCACAACGGGUCAGAUUGUACAGUUCGUCAUCGACGUCGUCGUGUGCAUCUACGGUAUCUACCACCACUACAUUCACUUGUAUGCACCAUGGAUGCCGUACGUGCGCUACUGCCACGGCGAACCCGCGGCGGCCUUCUCGGGUCUCGGCAUCCUCGUGAGCUACCUGGUCCUGUUUAUCUUCUUCUACCGCGACACGUACAAAAAGGCCCCCAAGGCGGACAAAAAGACCCAGUAG